UUGUUAGCCAGUCACAGGGAGCUCAGAGAACACCAGCAAGCCAAUCAGAAUGGGACAGAAUUUUUUUUUCUUGUAGCGAACUGAACUGUGUCAGACUGACCGGUUUUAGCUGAGCAUCUCCGGACUUCUGAAACCCGAACAGCAGCAGAACUGAAGGUGUCUGUAGGACAGCAGAAUGUCAUCAGGAGCACUCUUUCCCAGUCUGGUGUCGGGCUCACGUAGCUCGUCCAGCAAGUACUUGGUGGAGUUUCGUGCUGGUAAAAUGACGCUGAAGGGCAGUACUGUUACACCAGACAAGCGCAAAGGCACUGUCUACAUCCAGCAGACCGACGACUCUCUCAUCCAUUUCUGCUGGAAGGACAGAACCACUGCAAAUGUGGACGAUGAUCUUAUUAUUUUCCCUGAUGACUGUGAGUUUAAGAGAGUGAACCAGUGCACCACUGGACGUGUUUAUGUGCUAAAGUUCAAGGCAGGCUCCAAAAGGCUGUUCUUCUGGAUGCAGGAGCCUAAGACCGACAAGGAUGAAGAGUAUUGUCGUAAAGUGAAUGAGUAUCUGAAUAACCCGCCCAUGCCGGGAGCUCUGGGCAGUGGAGGAAGUGGUGGGCAUGAACUGUCUGCUCUAGGAGGAGAAGGUGGUCUGCAAAACCUUUUGGGGAACAUAAGCCAUAAUCAACUCCUGCAGCUGAUUGGCCCAACAGGACUUGGUGGGCUUGGUGGACUUGGUGCUCUUGCAGGUCCAGGACUGGCCAGUCUGUUGGGGAGUGGUGGUCCAGCAAGUAGCAGUUCAACUUCUAGCUCCCGCAGUCAGUCGGCAGCUGCCACGCCUUCCUCAGGAUCUGCCGCUCGUUUAAGCUCCACCCAGGCCCCCACUACCCCGGUGACGCCUGCUGCAACCUCCACGGGGUCUCCAACCAUGACCCCCACAACCCCAGCAGCCCAGACCCCGUCCCUGGCUGCCGGAGUGGGAAGCCCCACACAGCCCAUUCAGCUGAGUGACCUCCAGAGCAUCCUCGCCACCAUGAACGUUCCUGCCAUGGCUGCAGAGGGCCAGGGAGUGGAUUUGGCGAGUGUGCUGACUCCGGAAAUAAUGGCUCCAAUUCUGGCUAAUCCUGAGGUGCAGCAGAGGCUACUGCCUUACCUCCCCUCCGGAGAAUCCUUACCACAAAGCGCCGAGGAGAUCCAGAACACACUCACCUCCCCACAGUUUCAGCAGGCGAUGAGCAUGUUCAGCAGUGCUCUGGCAUCAGGGCAGCUUGGUCCGCUCAUGAACCAGUUUGGCCUCCCUUCUGAAGCAGUGGACGCCGCUAACAAAGGAGAUGUGGAAGCGUUUGCCAAGGCUAUGGAGGGCAGCAAUGGAAAGACGGAGGAUUCUGGAGACGCCAAAGACAAGAAGGAUGAUGACGAGGACAUGAGCUUGGAUUAGUAACGUGUUUCCUGUAUCAGCUUCUCGAUCCAGACAGCGCUCUAUAUUGUUAGUGAUCAGUGUCGCUCUAUAAAACUUGCCUGUAUGUUUUGUAAGGCUGAUGUUAUGAAAUUAAACUCUUGACUCCCUCUGA